AGCAACACGUGUGCGCGUGGCUUCAGCUCUUCCAUUCGCAUUACCUAUCGAAUCCCUCAAUUUAUGCACCGUCGCCGUCGUGCCUUUCCCGCACGUCCCCCUCAAAAACGUUUCGAUUGUCGAGCUGCUGUGCUGCGCCACUCCGUCGUGUGCUGACUCGUGCGCCUCCCCCUUCUCUCUCCGCCGCGUCCUUUCCCUUCGCCGCUGCUGUUCGACCUGCUUCGACGCCCACAGUCUCCAGCGCGACCGCCAUCACAAUGAACAACGACGAGCGCUACGCCCUUCUCCGCAGCGUCGGUGAGGAGUGCAUCCAGGAGAACGAACUGCGCAACCUCAUCGCGAAGAAGCCCAACAUCCGCUGCUACGACGGGUUCGAACCGUCUGGCCGCAUGCACAUCGCCCAGGGCAUCUUCAAGGCGGUAAACGUCAACAAAUGCACGGCUGCCGGGUGCGAGUUCGUGUUCUGGGUGGCAGACUGGUUCGCGCUGAUGAACGACAAAGUCGGCGGCGAGCUGGAGAAGAUCGGCGUGGUCGGCCGCUACCUGAUCGAGGUGUGGAAGGCGGCGGGCAUGGACAUGGAGAAGGUGGUCUUCCUGUGGAGCAGCAAGGAGAUCACGAGCCACGCGGAUGUGUACUGGCGCAUGGCGCUGGAUGUCGGCCGGCAGAACACGAUCGCCCGUAUCAAGAAGUGCUGCACCAUCAUGGGCAAAGUCGAAGGCACGCUGACCGCCGCGCAGAUCCUCUACCCCCUCAUGCAGUGCACCGACAUUUUCUUCUUAAAGGCGGACAUCUGCCAGCUGGGCCUGGACCAGCGGAAGGUGAACAUGCUGGCCCGCGAGUACUGCGACGUGGUCGGCCGCAAGCUGAAGCCCGUCAUCCUCUCGCACCACAUGCUGGCAGGCCUGAAGCAGGGACAGGCGAAGAUGAGCAAGAGCGACCCCGACAGCGCCAUCUUUAUGGAGGACACCGAGGAAGACGUGGCUCGCAAGAUCAACCAGGCCUACUGCCCGCGUGUAGCGCAGGCGGAGCAGGACGUGACGGACGACGGGGCGCCGGUGGCCACCGAUGACCGCAACCCAGUGCUCGACUACUACCGCUGCAUCGUGUACGCUCGCCCGGGCGAGGCCGCGACGAUCAACGGCGUGCGGUACACCACGUACGAGGAUCUGGAGAGCGCUUUUGUGAAGGAGCAGGUCAGCGAGGCGGAGGUGAAGCAGUGCCUCAUCGACGAGGUCAACGCGCUGCUCGCCCCGGUUCGUCAGCACUUCGCCACCAACGCCGAGGCGCACGAGCUGUUGGAGGCGGUGAAGUCGUUCCGUAAAGGCGGCGCCGCCUCUCCGCUCGCCGAGACGCAGCUGCCGCCGGGACCGGAGAAGCCGCACGCCUGCAUGUGGAUGCCGGCCCUGCUGAAGGUGCCUCUCGACGUCGCGGAGGCGAUGGUCGAGGCGGCGAAGAGCUUCCUCGCGGCGCACCCCGAUGGCAGCGUGACGCUGAUCUUGCCGGACUGGUCGGCCGUGGCGAGCGACGAGAUCACCGGCGUGGAGAAGGACAUCAGCGCUGCGCUCGAGGUGAACUCCGCUCUUCUCCAUUCCUACGGCCUGCCAGCGGCGGUGAAGAUUGUGAAGGAGAACGACGUCAUCUUGGCCAACAGCAAUGACUACUGGGUUGGCGUCAUCUCCGUUGGCCGCAAGAACCUGCUGAGCCACAUCGAGGAGCUCUACGGCGGUGAGGUGAAGAACGCGGGCCAGGUGAUCGCCGCCCUCAUGCGCGUGGCGACGGCGCUGCUGCUAUCCGCCUCGCACGUCAUCUCUACCUCGCUGGACGGCCAGCUGAACACGUUGUCGCGCGAGUACACGAAGGAGCGCAUCGAGUGCCUGCAGACACACGAGGGGAGCAUUCCCCCGCUGCACCGCCCCGACGCGGCCCCGGCACUGCUCGGAGCGGAUGACGUGCUGUACCUCGACGACGGCGACAUGGACAUCCGCCGCAAGAUCAAGAAGGCGUACUCGGCCCCCAACGAGAGCGCCAACCCCGUCGUCGCCAUUGCGCAGCACCUGCUGACCUUCCACGGCCCCCUCAGCAUCGAGCGCGGGGAGGCGAACGGCGGUAGCGUGACGUACGAGAAGCCGGAGGCCAUCGCGGCGGACUGCGGCAGCGGCGCGCUGCACCCCGCGGACCUCAAGGCGGCGGUGUCGAAGGCGCUGCUGGAGCGCUCCGCCCCGUCGCGUGCGCUGCUCAGCGGCCCUCUCAAGAAGAGCCUGACGGUGCUCCGCAACGCGGAGAAGAAGAUGACCAAAAAGAAAUAA